AUGAUUAUUUACAAGGAUAUCUUCUCUAACGACGAAUUGUUGUCUGAUGCUUACGAUGCUAAGUUAGUCGAUGACGUUAUCUACGAAGCCGACUGUGCUAUGGUUAAUGUCGGAGGUGACAACAUUGAUAUCGGUGCUAACCCAUCUGCUGAAGGUGCUGAUGAUGAUGUUGAAGAAGGUGCUGAAAUGGUCAACAACGUUGUCCACUCCUUCCGUCUACAACAAACCGCUUUUGACAAGAAGUCCUUCUUGACCUACAUCAAGGGUUACAUGAAGGCUGUUAAGGCUAAGUUGCAAGAAACUAACCCAGAAGAAGUUCCUAAGUUCGAAAAGGGUGCUCAAACUUACGUCAAGAAGGUUAUCGGUUCUUUCAAGGACUGGGAAUUCUUCACUGGUGAAUCUAUGGACCCAGAUGCCAUGGUUGUCAUGUUGAACUACCGUGAAGAUGGUACUACUCCAUUUGUUGCCAUCUGGAAGCACGGUAUCGUGGAAGAAAAGAUCUAA